AUGAGUUGUAACUGCCACUCUGAUAACUUGUCUACCUCCUCUAGGAGCUGCCUGUCCAUCGCGGGUCCCUCCUGUUGUUCCUCCUGCUCAAGCAACCUGGUCUACACCACUACCAACUGCUCUCCCAGCACCUGCCAGCAGAGCUCCUCUCUCAACAGCAGCUGCCAGGAGACCUGCAUUGAGCCCACCAGCUUCCAGAGUUCCUGUGUGGUGUCCAGCCCCUGCCAGGUGCCCUGCUACUACCCGAGGAGCUCCACACCCUGCAGCCCCUGCCCAGGACCCUAUGCUGGCUCUAAUGGCAUUGAGCCUAGCAGCUUCUGCUCUCUGGAUUAUGGAUCUAGAAGAUACUACACCAUGGGUUGUGGAUCCAGUGGUUUUGAAUCUCUGAAUUAUGAAAUCUCUGGCUUCCCAUUACUGAGUUAUGGGUAUAGAUACUGCUACCCAAACCACCUGGCAGCUAGUAUCUGCCAACCAUAUUAUAAACCAACUUGUGGUAAUAUUCUCUAUGGAUUCAACUACUGA